AUGAUCAACGAACUUGAAAUUAUUGAUUUAAAAGUAGGCGAAGGUAAAGAAGCGGUGAAAGGUGCCUUAAUUACCACGCACUAUACUGGCUGGCUGGAAGAUGGAACCAAGUUUGAUUCUUCUAUUGACCGUGGUAAUUAUUUUGAAACCGUCAUUGGCACAGGUCGUGUAAUCAAAGGCUGGGAUCAGGGGAUUCUGGGAAUGAAAGUUGGCGGUAAGCGUAAACUGAUGGUGCCUGCACAUUUGGCCUAUGGCGAACGUAAAAUGGGUAAAGUCAUUCCAGCCAAUUCUAACCUGAUUUUUGAAAUUGAACUGUUUGAUGUAAAAACACGUGAUUAA